CCAACGGUCAUCAUUCUGCCACGGUGUCCCUCUCGCCUCGCGGGGCUCGCUCGCUCGUUACAUGGCGACCGGGACAGGGAGUGACGAGGGGAGGCUUCUUAGGGUUCCUUCGUGGUGUUCGAGAUCGGCUCGAUGGAUCCGAUGGUGCAGGCAAGCGGCCGAUCGAGGGGCACGGUGAAGUAGUUCAACGACACCAAGGGGUUCGGCUUCAUCUGGCCGGACGACGGAGGGGAGGACCUCUUCGUCCAUCGGUACCCCAUCAAGGCCCAGGUGUACCGGACCUUCGCUGAGAGCGAUGUCGCCGAGGGAGACGAUGGCCCCAGCAAGGCCGUCGACAUCACCGGGCCCGGCGGAUCCGACAUCCAAGGUGGCGGCGGCUGCCGGAGUGAUUGCUACGAGGGUGGGUAUGCUGGGACUACGGGGUUAGCGAUGGUGGCGGUUGGCGUAGGAGAGGCGGUCGGAGCUUGUUAUAACUGCGUUGAGGCUGGGCAUAUCGCUAGAGAUUGUUACAGUGGCGGCGAAGGUGGUGGUGCUUGUUAUUACUGUGGUGAGAUGGGGCAUCUUGCUAGGGAUUGCUAUCAGGGCGUCGGAGGCGAUGGAAGGUAUAGCGGUUGAGGUGGUGACGGCAACCUGUCCUGUUACAGUUGUGGCGUGAUGGGGUACUUUGCUAGGGAAUUCCCUUGCAAGAACUGAGGAUCAAUCGCUUUCAAGCUUUGGCUUACUUUCUUUGCAUUUUGCUAGGGAUUGCUAUCGGGGCCAUGCAGGCGGAGAUGGACGGUUUGAUGUUGGAGGUGCUGUCCUGUUACUGUUGUGGCGAGAUCCGGCACUUUACUAGGGAAUUCCCUGGCAAGAACUGAGGAUUAAUCACUUUCAAACAUUCCCUUAGAUUUCUUUUGUUCCACCUAAUAUCGAUAGUUGGUAGUACUCCUUUUUUGUGCUUGGCUUUAUGUUUUUCCCCUAUCUGCAAAGGAUAUGGACAUGUUCUGUUCUUAUGUUGAUUUUGAUGGAUUGUUACCUACUUUGGGGUUUACUGAACAAAAUUUGUAUGCAUUA